UUCAGUACGGCUUUGGUUUCUUCUAGCAUCAGUAGUAGGUACUAGAAGCACACACCCUCCGUCAUCGUAACGCUGGAAAAACAAGAGUGAAUCAUCGGAUUUAUCACCUUCUCCAGCUGGUGCCGCCAUGUGGAAAUCAGACUGACACAGAGUUAGUGAUUACGCAACUAAGUUAACGUGCAGUUUAAAUCUUUUUGGGAUGUGCAAUAAGGAUUCCGGUCGAUCACGUUUCCCUCGCGUCUUAAUAGACGUUGCGAAAAGUGGUGGAUCAAGUGUGAGAUGUGCAAUCUAGUUAGCAUCGAUGUGACGCGGACAAGUGUCUCCUUAUCGGUGACUUAAACUACACCAGAUAUCGUCAAAGUGUGCCUUGCGUUUAUCAGUCGAUACGCGUGUCGCCACACAGCCUACCAUGAUUAGAAAAAUGAAACGAAAUCGCUUGAUGUUGUGCCUGCUGUUCGUUGUGUUCUGUUUGCUGGUGACCGCCAGCUUUUUGAUUCAUACCCAGUGCCUUAAGCCUUCGAUCAGCUACUACAAGAUCUUGGAAGAUCACAUCCGCGAUCGCCGUUUAGAAGACCGGUCCAAGUACAUCUUGUUGUACACGAACUUCUUCGACGUUAAGAACUGGAAACUCUCCGCGGAAACCGUUGGGCCGGAUUACUUCCGAUCGCUACAAUGCCCAGUAACGGAUUGUGUCCUGACUAACAACCGGGAGCUGCUGUCCACCAUAACGGACUACGACGCGCUUGUGUUCCACAUUGCCGAACCUUGGGCGUACUCGCUGUUCGAAAAAGUACCCAAGCUUCGCUCGCCGCGUCAAAUCUACGUCGCCGCCAACAUGGAAUCUCCAGCUCAUACAAAGCAUCUGCUAGGCGGCGAUCACGACUUCUUCAACUGGACCAUGACCUAUCGGCUGGACUCGGACGUCGUGUGGAACUACAACAACUUCGUCGAUGCGGAAACUGAAGUCGUGGUGGGUCCUAGCGAGCGACCCCAAUGGCGAAGGGGCUUCGAAGAGUACUACAACGAAACAGUUCUGGAAAUCGUCCUGGAAAAGACCAAGAUGGGAGUUCAGUUCGUGUCCCACUGUGGAACCUUUUCCAAGCGGGACGACUUGGUCCGGGAGAUUCAGAAGCUGAUGUCGGUGGACAUCUACGGAAAAUGUGGAACCCUGGAAUGCCCCCGAGGAUCGCCCCGGUGCACCGAGAUGCUCACCACCGACUAUCGGUUCUACUUUGCGUUCGAAAACUCACUCUGCCGCGAUUACGUCACCGAGAAAGUGUACACCGUGAUGGAUGCCAGCUGGAUCGUACCGGUCGUUUUCGGGGGAGCAGACUACUCUCUGUUCCUACCACCAAACUCGUACAUCGAUGCGCAACAAUUCAACACUGUUGAGGAUCUGGUCGAAUAUCUAAGUUAUCUGUCCCAGAAUCCGAGGGAGUACGCGAAAUAUUUCUGGUGGAAGGAGCAUUACCGGAUCACGGGGAGUCAACCGUUUUGUGAUCUGUGCCAGAAGUUGCACGACGUUGGAACGCGAGAGAGGGUGCAGUAUUACAAGGAUAUUGAGGAGUGGUGGUUCGAUGAGGCUUGCCAAGCACAAGCUAGAAUAAAAUUCUAAAGAGAUUUAUAUGAAUAAUAAAAUACUUUUAAUAUCA